CUUCCCGCAGUGACGGCGCUGCGGCAUCACCGCUGACGUGGGGGCGACGCGCGGCUUCGCCCGGCCCAAUCCCGACUUCCCCUGUGACGGGGGCGCCACGUAUUCGGGCAAAUGACCAUGGAAGCAGGCGAGUCGCAACAAGAUGGCAGCACAGCAGAUUCUGUGGCUGAAAGUGAUUCUGCCAAUAUACAGUCUCUAUCUGGCCAAAGUCAGAUUUCUACUAUAGCUCAGGUUUCGGUAGCUGGUUCAACAACUGGAAGAGGAUCUCCCUCAGUAACUGUUGUGCAGUUGCCUUCAGGUCAAACAGUCCAUGUGCAGGGAGUGAUUCAAGCCACCCAGCCUUCAGUCAUUCAGUCCCCACAGCUGCAAUCUGUUCAGGUAGCAUCUGCUACAAAUGCAGAUGAAUCGACAGAAUCGGAGGCUGUAAUUGAUUCUCAGAAGCGUGGGGAAAUACUUUCCAGGAGGCCUUCAUACAGAAAAAUUCUGAAUGAGCUUUCUUCUGAUGCACCUGGUGUCACGAAGAUUGAAGAAGGAAAGCCAGAGGAAGAAGGAGCACCCUCUGGUAUUCCUGCCAUGGCAGUGCCAACCAGCCUUUACCAGACUAGCACUGGGCAAUACAUUGCUAUAGCCCAGGGUGGAGCAAUCCAGAUCUCUAACCCAGCAUCGGAUGGCGUUCAGGGGUUGCAAGCAUUAACCAUGACAAACUCAGGAGCUCCUCAGCCUGGUGCUACCAUUGUACAAUAUGCAGCUCAAACACCUGACGGCACACAACAGUUCUUUGUACCUGGGAGUCAAGUUGUUGUCCAAGCUGCUACUGGUGACAUGCCAACUUACCAGAUCCGGACUCCAACCACUGCCUUACCUCAAGGGGUUGUCAUGGCAGCAUCCCCAGGAACGUUGCACAGCCCGCAGCAGCUAGCAGAAGAAGCGACACGUAAAAGAGAGCUACGGCUUAUGAAGAAUAGGGAAGCUGCAAAAGAGUGUCGACGGCGGAAGAAAGAAUACGUGAAAUGUCUGGAGAGUCGUGUUGCGAUGUUAGAAGUUCAGAACAAGAAACUUAUAGAAGAGUUAGAAACCCUAAAAGACAUUUGCUCUUCCAAGACAGACUAGUGUCAGUAUUGAAACUGUGAACUGACUACAGCAUGUAUCGAUGCAUCUGCAGCCAAUGUCUAGUUGACAAGAAUUAUGACUUUUCCUCUGUAUCAUUUGACCUCUUCUCCAGCCUUUAACAUUCCUGAAACACUUUGCUGCAUUUCUGUAGAUUCUUAGUUGAAACUUCAGGUCUUGUUGUCAUCCAGAAAAGAGUCCAACAUUUAAGGCAGUGUGUGUUCCAAUGUUUCAAAACGCAACAGUCGCAAGAACUGCUCUUCUGCCCAAUAUCUGCAUUAAUUAUAUUUUUGUGUGUGAUUUUGUUAGUGUCCUACAUGCACCAGUAUUUUAAAGUGAUCAAAGAUAACGCAUCCAACACAAUAAAAUGGAAACCACCCAAAGUAUCUCAGGAAAGAGUUAUUAAAAAAGUAUGUUGUUAUGACAUACAUGUAUUAGAAUACUAGUUUACAGAUGACUUUAUGGCAUAUUUUUAUAUUCAUCGCUUUGUGAAGAAAUAUUGUAUUGCUGUCACUGAGUGCCAUGGUUGAAACUAGUUUUUUAAAUAGAACCAUGUUGGUUAAA